CACGAGCAAACGGCUGCUAACUGCUGCGAAUCUCUCCCAUUCCUCCCUGUCUCUAUGUCACCCCUUCCCCUUUCCCUUACGCUUUGCAUUGCAUGGCCGCGCCUCUCUCUCUCUCUCUCUCUCUCUGAAGCUUCGACUGUUGUGGCAGCACCUCACCGAUGUCCUCGAUUCAACUCUACACGUCGCUCCUCGCUCUUAUCCACCUCCACUCGGCUCUCCCACCGGCGUCGGCGAGGAUCCCGUCGACGCUGGACGGGCCUUUCGAGCCGGUGACCGUCCCCUUCGAUGCCAGCGCCCAGCGCUCCGCCGUCGACCUCCCUGACACCGAUUACAGAGUCCAGCGCCGCGUCAGAGGCUUCCUGCCCGAGCAGAUUUCCGUCUCCCUCUCCGCCACCCAUGAUUCUAUCUGGAUUUCGUGGAUCACAGGGGAAUACCAAAUUGGGUACAAUGUCACCCCGCUGAAUCCCAAAAGUGUUGCAAGUGUUGUUCGUUAUGGAAAGUUGAGAUACCCCCUAACUCAUGAAGCCAAAGGGACAGCUCUCGUUUAUAAUCAGCUUUAUCCUUUUCAAGGCCUCCAAAAUUAUACUUCGGGGAUCAUUCAUCACGUUCGUCUUCAAGGCUUGAAACCUAGCACACUAUAUUAUUAUCGAUGCGGAGAUCCAUCUAUUCCUGCAAUGAGUAAAAUCAAACACUUCAGAACAAUGCCACUCUCUGGUCCUCGAAGCUACCCAAACAGAAUAGCAGUAGUGGGGGAUCUUGGGCUUACAUACAAUACGACAGCCACAGUUCGUCAUCUCACUAGGAAUGGGCCUGAUCUUAUUCUCUUGGUCGGUGAUGUAAGUUAUGCCAAUAUGUAUCUCACCAAUGGAACUGGCUCGGACUGCUAUUCUUGCACGUUUCCACUAAGUCCGAUACAUGAGACUUUUCAGCCACGGUGGGAUUAUUGGGGAAGGUUUAUGCAGCAUUUAAUUUCUAAAGUUCCAAUAAUGGUGAUCGAGGGAAACCAUGAGAUAGAAGAACAAUGUGGAAACCAGACUUUUGUAGCUUACAGCUCCAGAUUUGCAUUUCCAUCUGAAGAAUGUAAAUCUUCAUCUGCUUUUUAUUACUCCUUUAAUGCAGGAGGUGUACAUUUUGUAAUGCUUGGAGCAUAUAUUGCCUAUGAUAAAUCAGCAAAGCAAUACAAGUGGCUGGAGCGAGACUUGGCGAAUCUUGACAGGACCAUAACCCCAUGGCUCGUGGCUGCUUGGCAUCCACCUUGGUACAGCACUUACAAAGCUCAUUACAGAGAGGUGGAAUGUAUGAGGGUGGCAAUGGAGGACCUUCUCUAUUUCUAUGGUGUAGAUAUAGUGUUCAAUGGACAUAUCCAUGCCUAUGAGCGAUCAAACCGAGUAUACAACUACUCACUGGAUCCAUGUGGGCCUGUACAUAUAACGGUGGGAGAUGGAGGAAAUCGAGAGAAGAUGGCAGUGGAACAUGCUGAUGAGCCUGGAAACUGUCCAGAGCCAUUAACGACUCCUGAUCCUUAUAUGGGUGGGUUUUGUGCAACCAAUUUCACUUUUGGUCCAGCAGAAGGUAAGUUCUGUUGGGACCACCAACCCGAAUAUAGUGCCUUCAGAGAGAGUAGUUUUGGACAUGGAAUCCUCGAGGUGAAGAAUGAGACAUGGGCUCUGUGGACUUGGUACCGGAAUCUGGACUCCUACGAUGAUGUCGGUGAUCAAAUUUACAUAGUGAGACAACCUGAUUUGUGCCCCAUCCAUCAAAAUGUAAACAAGUAUCGUUCUGCAGCUCAAUGACGUGUCCUCUGAUCGAUAGAGGUACCAUCAUCAUUGACUCUUGGGUAAAUAGGAGCUCGUGUAGAAACUUAAGUUUAGAUGUAGCGAGUCCUUAGUAUCUUUAUAUGAUUGGGGCAUUUGUCUAUUUUUGACUAAUAUGUCCCUUGUGAAUGCAAAUCAUGAAUCUUUGUUUGCUAAUUGGAAUUGGCAGUUAUGGGCUAUCCUAUCGGCCUCAGAUUUGCAGUGUACCACCUGUAUAUUUCUUUCAUCUGAUAAACAGUAACGUCAAAAAUUGUAGUAGAAAAUAAUGUGUAUAUUAUUUUUAGUGUGAUGACAUGCCCACGUACUUCCCCUUCAAUUAAUGCCGUGUGGUUUGGAUGUCAUAUAAUCUCUGGUAUGGACCUUUUAGUUGAGAAUGAAGCCCUAUUUUGCUGCUCCUUUUCACAUCGGGGAGACUAAAUCCUCCAAUAGAAAGAAAAGUUCCACAGUGAUGUAGAUUUCACUAUCAAGGUUGUGCCUUGAUCCUGUCUCAAGAUAGAUACCGCCAUGCGAUAAUGUGCUGGAAGGUGACAAGAAAGGGCUUCCUUUCUUUCUCUGUGUUCUUUCGCCAUAAUUUUGCUCAGUUGCAGCAAUUAAUGUUCAACCUCUAGAUAGUGCAUCCGAAGCAAUAGUGAGUUUGCACCGCAGUGACUAUUUCGAGGCAAAGGCCACUCGUAGUUUUAGGCCACAAAAUGCUGAACUGAAAUUGAAGGGAAAGCUGCUAUGGAGUUACUGUUCCGGUAUGUGGUGAUUAAUUAAAAGGGCUUCUUAACCCAGUUUUCUUCUCCCCUCUCAGGAAAAGGUAGAUGCUAAAAUGUGUCAUAUCUUCAUGUUUUAAAGUGGAAAUUGAGCUUGUCUGGGUUUAUGAUUAUCUUGCAGUACUAUGAAGUCAAUGAUUGCGUUCCCAUCACAGGGCGACCCAUGUUCUUCCAGCAGCUGCUGAUGUCAAUGAGAUGGAACUGGCUCUUGGGCCAUCCUUUCUUGAUGUUUAGUGUAAGUCUGACCUCGAAGUUAGGUGAUUUCAGGAGCUGCAAAUGAAGAGAGAUGGACUAAAGGGUUGCCAAAUGACCCUCCAUAGCCACCUUCCUAGAUGGAAAAACAAGAAGCAAUACAAAGGACAAUGGUUGACCUGCAUACAGAGAGCAAGAAAACCGAAUCUAUACUUGAAAGGGCUUCUCCUUCCGGCUUGGAGCAGAUAACAAGACGGGGAAUUUCUGGCAGUCAAUUUUCAUUGGAGCUAAUACUUCAAGGUCCUAGUAGUCAUGAUAUAGGAAUGGUUGGUGGAGAUAGAGGACUUCGAAUCAGUCGAAGGGAUGCAGUGCAUCACAUCUCGAGGUUAUAAGCAAACACGAAAGAUUUUGAUGGCAUGUCAACGAGAUUAUACCGGCGAAUCACUGGGACGUCUCUGUAUUACUCUGUUUUGCUUCUAUUCCCUGUCCGUGACAACCAUGUUGACUGGAUUACGUUGGCCUGGAACAGCAAGAAACGACCGCUGAUUGGCAAAAA